UUCUCUCAACACUCUCUACUCUCUAUUUUCUGGUAAUCUUUCUUCUACUCUCCAUUUUUGCUCGAAUCUGUUCCUUUCAACUGAAGAACUUAUCGAAAUCUCUCUCUUUCGAUGGAACAUUGACACUAAUUUUAAAGAUUUUGAGCAAAACUUGUUAGCUUGAAAACGGAGACGAGGAACUCACCUGGGUUUUCAAGAUAUGGAAAGUGAAGAAUCGAUCUGUCACAGCAUGCGAUACAACCACCCGCCUGAUUCAGACAGGAGGAGGCUAAGUCUUGAAAACUUACCAGGACUGUAUACUAUGUCUUUUACGCAACUAUUGGCUCAGAUUCAUGCGAUCGGCACAAAUUCAUCAGUUGGUGCAGCAUCAAUCCCAAGCUAUGCUGCAGAUUCUCAAAUUUCAAAUGAUUCUUGGGGCAAUAGUUGGAAGAUUGAGCCAAAUCCGUGGAUUUUAACCCCUGGAUCCUUCCAUGGUACAAAAACAUGCAUUGUUGGAGAAGGACCAAUGGAGAAACCACAAUAUGAGGAGCCUCACGACCCUAUCGUUAAGCCUUUCCAUGAAGCUCGAUCUGCUGCAGGAGAAAAAGAAAUAAAGAGAGGAAGAGCUGAAUCAGAUGAUGACAUUGCUCCGUUGGAAACACCGCAACCGAGACAGAAGAGAAAGAAGAUCAGGGGAAAGGUUGCUGGUGAUGUCGUCACAAGAAAAUCCACAUCUAAAUCAGCGGUUAAAAAAGCUUCUGCUACUGCUCCGUGUGCUAACACUUCUGAAGUUAACACUUAUGUUCGUUGUCCCAAGAGAUCGUGCAGAAGAUCUCUUAUAUUUAACAAUGAUGCUGAAGAAGAAGAUGGAUAUGGUGGGCUUACUUUCACUUCAGAAUAUCGCAUAGGUACUUCUUCAGGUUGGAAAAUAGAACAAGAUGCAACAAUGCGGAUAUUUGGUAACAUCCCCAGGGGAAUAAGAAAUACCAGGACUAGGUCAAAGCGGCAAACGUUAAAAACGGAUCCUAAGGGGAGUCUUCGGCUUCCACAAAAUCUAGAAACUACCCUUAUUCUACAUCAAAAGGCAUAUCAACAACAAAAGGCAGCGGUGCAGUAUAAGAGUGAUGGGUCCAUCAUCCCUUAUCGUAAUGAGAAAAACUAUCAAACCAAAGUAGCUUUGGAUGGCGAAACAUUGAGAGUGUGGAAACUCCUGAUGUUGAGUAAUGAAAGUGAAGGUAUUGAUGGGUUAGAAGAAGAUAAACAAAAAUGGUGGGAAGAGGAGAGAAAUCUGUUCCGCGAUCGUGCAAACUUAUUUAUUGCUCGGAUGUCUCUGGUACAAGGUGAUAGAAGCUUCUCACCUUGGAAAGGAUCCGUUGUUGAUUCAGUUGUUGGAGUUUUCCUCACCCAGAAUGUAGCAGACCACUCAUCAAGUUCUGCAUUUAUGGAUAUAGCUGCAGAGUUUCCAGUAAUCUCCAUAUCCAACAAGGAAUUGUAUCAUGAAGGGUGGGAAAGUUCAGUUACAGAUGAAACGGUAAUGAAUUUGGAUCCAGGAAGUGCAGCUCCAACUCCAAGAAUUUCCAACCCAACCAUCAUCUUCGUAGAUGAGAUUGAUGAUGAUGAAGAUGUUUGUAGCCAGAAAUCAUCUACAAGCAGUGACAAGUCCAUCAAUUCUACAAACCAUUCAAAAACAGUGCUGCUGGAUCUUCUUACUAACAGCUCCGAGGCAAACUUUGAUGAAGGAACUCGAGUUGCACAUACAGGCGACGGUCGGCAACAAAAACCGAAGACAAAAACAUAUCAGCAUGACAUGAAGAAAAAGAAGAAUAGGAAGAAACCUAAAGAAAGCUUUGACUGGGAUAGUUUGAGAAGGGAAGCAGAAAGUGGUGGCCAAAAGAGACAGAGAACAGAAAGAACAGCGGACACGGUUGAUUGGGACGCAUUACGUUGUACCAAUGUAAACGAGAUCGCUGAUAUUAUAAGAAGUCGUGGGAUGAACAACAUGCUUUCCCAUAGAAUCAAGGCCUUCUUAAACAGAUUGGUUCAAGACCAUGAAAAAAUUGAUUUGGAGUGGCUAAGAGAUGUUCCACCUGACAAAGCCAAGGAGUAUCUAAUGAGCAUAGACGGAAUAGGAUUGAAAAGUGCUGAGUGCGUUAGGCUUUUGUCACUACAUCAGAUUGCCUUCCCCGUUGACACCAAUGUGGGACGUAUAGCUGUAAGACUUGGAUGGGUUCCCUUACAGCCAUUACCCGACGAGCUACAAAUGCAUCUCCUAGAGCUGUACCCAGUAUUGACAUCAGUUCAAAAAUAUCUCUGGCCACGCCUAUGCAAGUUUGACCAAAAAACUUUGUACGAGUUGCAUUACCAUAUGAUUACAUUUGGAAAGGUCUUUUGCACAAAAGUAAAACCGAAUUGCAAAGCAUGUCCAAUGAAAGCAGAGUGUCGUCAUUAUGCUAGUGCUAGUGCACGUGCAAGUGCACUACGUGCUCUACCGGAAGCAGAGGAGAAAGGAUGUGUGACAAUCCAUCAGAGAAGAUCUAACCCCAACCCUGUAAUGGUGAAUCAAUCUUUAUUUCUUACUCAAGACAAAGAGCAUGAAGAAUCAAAAAGACUCCAUAGAUGUGAACCGAUAAUCGAAGAGCCAUCAUCACCAGAGAUAGUCUGUCCUGAUAUCGAGGAUUUUCCUGAUCCGUGGGAAAAUAUGGACUCGAUUCCGACCAUCAUACUUAAUGAUGGAGCUACUAUCUCAAAGGAUUUGGUGGUCAUAAGCUCCCAAGCAGCCUCAAUAACCAGGCCUAAGCUUAAACUCAUAGAAAAGCUACGCACGGAGCAUUACGUCUACGAGCUCCCAGACAACCAUCACAUUCUGGAAGGGUUUGAGAAGCGAGAACUUGAGGAUAGAGUUCCCUACUUGUUAGCUAUUUGGACGUCAGGUGAAACAGCUAGUUCCAUUCAACCUCCGGAACAAAAAUGUGUAUCCCAAGAAAGCAAUAUCUUGUGUCAUGAAAAGACAUGUUUUUCAUGCAACAAUAGGCGAGAAGAAAAUGCACAAGUAGUUCGAGGAACUGUAUUGAUUCCCUGUAGAACGGCCAUGAGAGGAGGCUUUCCUCUGAACGGGACGUACUUUCAGACGAACGAGGUAUUUGCUGACCAUGGCUCUAGCAUAAACCCGAUUGACGUCCCAAGAGAUUCCAUAGGGGGCCUACGAAGAAGAAUAGUGUACUUUGGAUCCUCAGUAAGCGCGUGUUUUGGAGGUUUAUCGCUGGAUGCUAUUCAAAACGGUUUCUGGACAGGAUAUGUAUGCGUGAGGGGGUUUGACCGGAGGAGUAGGAAACCAAAAGCUCUGGUAGAAAGACUUCAUUGCCCACCCAGCAAAAGGAAGAAAGACGACUAUUGAGUGAGCAACAUACGUUUUUUUCUGGAUCGAUGAAUAGAAGCGAUUGAGCAUAGAAGCGUUCUAGAGACAGACUUGGAUAAACGAGAAUUAGCCGCUUUUAGUUAGCUUUUAAAAUGAUCUUUGAUUUCUUCUUCUCUUUCCCUCUUGACUAUCUCCGACGUUAUAAUGGGCUUUGAAAUAUGGCCCAUAAUAUAUAAAAAAUUCGGCCUGCAAAUACUCGUGUAACAACACAAAUUUUUUCCCUUGUCGAGUUUCGGUAACAA